GAUCUUCUGCUCUCCUCCUCAGACACACCCGCCCACCCCGCUCCCCUCCCAUAUCGUUCGCCCACGUACGCAGGAUGGCCGAGAGCGCAGGCACUCACAAGGACCCCGUCACGGGCGAGCUCAUCUCCAAGACCGAGCUCAAGCGUCGCGAAAAGGCACGCAAGAUCGAGGCCGCCAAGGCCGAGAAGGCUGCCGCUGCCCCCGCGAAGGCUACUCCCGCAGCCAAGAGCUCUGCCGCAGAUGAGGAGAAUCUCUCGCCGAACCAAUACUAUGAGAUCCGUUCGCGUCACAUCCAAAAGCUCAAGGAGACCCAUGAACCGAAUCCCUACCCCCACAAGUUCGAAGUCUCCAUCUCGAUCACCAACUACAUCCAAAAGUACGGUCCUGAGGGCAAGAUCGCGGCCGGGCAGAAGCUGGAAGGUGUCACGGAGCACCUCGCCGGCAGGAUACACAACGUACGCGCAUCAGGCCAGAACCUGCGCUUCUACGACCUCCACGGUGAGGGCGGUAAGGUGCAGAUCAUGGCAAACAAGCAGGACGCGAAGGACCCCGAGGGCUUCGUCGCGUGCCACGAGCACUUCCGCCGCGGCGACAUCGUCGGCGUGAUCGGCACGCCCUCGCGCACCAAGAAGGGCGAGCUCUCGAUCGCGCCCUCGCAGAUGAUCCUGCUCGCGCCGAACCUGCACCAGCUGCCGUCCGCGCACUUCGGGCUGAAGGACCAGGAGACGCGCUACCGCAAGCGCUACCUCGACCUCAUCCUGAACGAGGACACGCGCCGCAUCUUCGUCACGCGCAGCCGCAUCAUCAACUACGUGCGUCGCUUCUUCGACAACCUCGGCUUCCUCGAGGUCGAGACGCCCAUGACGAGCAUGAUCGCGGGCGGCGCGACCGCGAAGCCGUUCAUCACGCACCACAACGAUCUGGAUCUCGACCUGUACCUGCGCAUCGCGCCCGAGCUGUACCUCAAGGAACUCGUCGUCGGCGGGCUUGAACGCGUUUACGAGAUCGGGCGUGUGUUCAGGAACGAGGGCAUCGACCUCACGCACAACCCAGAGUUCACGAUCUGCGAGUUCUACAUGGCGUAUGCCGACAUGUACGACAUCAUGGACCUCACAGAGUCGCUUAUCGAGGGCAUGGUCAAGUACCUCACUGGCGGCAAGACGAGCCUUGAGUACCACCCUGAGGGCAAGAACAGCGACAAGGUCCAGACUUUGGAGUUCAAGCGCCCGUGGCCAAGGUACGACAUGAUCGGCACCCUCGAGGAGAAGCUUGGUGUCAAGUUCCCUCCGAGCGAGACUCUGCACACGGACGAGACGAACGUGUUCCUCCGGGAACUGUGCAAGAAGCACAACGUUGACUGCAGUGAACCGAGGACAAAUGCGCGUCUGCUUGACAAGCUUGUCGGCGAAUACAUCGAGCCCCUUUGCAUCUCCCCCGCGUUCAUUGUCGGCCACCCGCAGGUGAUGUCGCCGCUGGCCAAGUACCACCGAUCGCGACCCGGUCUGUGCGAGCGGUUCGAGGGCUUCAUGUGUGGAAAGGAGUUCUGCAACGCGUACACGGAGUUGAACGACCCCUUCGAGCAGCGUCUACGCUUCGAGGAGCAGUCGAGGCAGAAGGAGCAGGGCGACGACGAGGCCCAGGGCAUCGACGAGACGUUCAUCGACGCGCUCGAGCACGGUCUCCCGCCGACUGGUGGAUGGGGUAUCGGCAUCGACCGUCUUGUGAUGUUCUUGACCGACUCCACGAACAUCAAGGAGGUGUUGCUGUUCCCCGCGAUGAAGCCCAUCGAAACCUCAGCGAACACGACGGGAGCCGUUGGCCCGAGCGGGCAGGUGUAGAUACAGAUAGAUGAAGAAGCAGAUGUAUUACUAGGAAAACUACUUACACGGGGGAGCGACGGCGACUUGCGCCAGUCGCUAAUGCAAUCUACCGC